AGGAUCAGGGAGGGUUGAGUGGUCUCUAGAUGGAAACCUGGCCAUAGCAUUUCAAGUUACUGUGCCUCAAAUGAGCUGAGUUCCUGGGGUUUAAGAGGGAAGUCGGCCCUGGGCCUCGGCGAUGGGGUGGGGGCCAUGGGCUGGCAGUGGGUGUGGCCAGCUCCCUCUUCCUCUCUGCAGCCUGGGGGCUGGAGUGCUUCGCUCCAGUGGCUGGCUUUCUUGUCAGGGGAGUUAAACUCCUGCAGGUGUCUUCUACCUGGGCUGGCCCUGCAGGUCCCUGAACUGCACGGAGGGGAGGCUGGGCCUCUCCCAGAGGAGCUGGGUGGGUAACAACGGUGGGGACAGUCAGGGCCUGCACGCUGGGCAGGGGCCCCCAUCCCCGCUCCCCACCUGCUCCUCCCCGCUGGCAGCCCCCACUCCAUCCCCACAGGCAUAGCCUGCGUAAGCCUCUUCAGAUGCUCACUGUUCUGCCGUGUGAUCAGUGGACAGGAUGGGAAGCCCUGCCCUCCCUGGGGUGGAGGAGCAAGGCUGGCCACCAUCUAGAUAGAGGACUCUGGGGACACCAGCCUAGAUCGGCCCCAGGUCCCCACCAGGGCAGCUUCACUGCCUGAGGAGCUGCGAGGUGCUGGCCGUGGUGGGACACCGGGUCAGGCGGGAGGCGGGAGCAAGCUGGCUCCUCUGCUGGGGUCUGCCCUCCUCAGGAGGUAACCUGAGCCCUGGCUGAGCCCAAAAAAGCCACUGCCCUUUAGAGCCAGCUGCAUGGGAGCAGGCCAGGCCUGAGCAGAGGAGGGAGGAGGGGCCGCAGUUGCUGGUCACCCCAGACCCUCCUGCCCUGUGCCCAGUGCCCAGCACAGGGACGCGGAACCUGCCCUCCUGGCCAUGGGAGGGGCCGUGGUCGACGAGGGCCCAACAGGCAUCAAGGCCCCCGAUGGGGGCUGGGGCUGGGCCGUCCUCUGGGGCUGUUUCGUCAUCACGGGCUUCUCCUACGCCUUCCCCAAGGCGGUCAGUGUCUUCUUCAAGGAACUCAUGCGUGAGUUUGGGAUCGGCUACAGCGACUCGGCCUGGAUCUCCUCCAUCUUGCUGGCCAUGUUGUACGGGACAGGCCCACUGUGCAGCGUGUGUGUGAAUCGCUUUGGCUGCCGGCCUGUCAUGCUCGCAGGCGGCCUCUUGGCAUCCCUGGGCAUGGUGGCCGCGUCUUUCUGCGGAAGCAUCAUCCAGCUCUACCUCACCACCGGCGUCAUCACAGGCUUGGGUCUGGCGCUCAACUUCCAGCCGUCGCUCAUCAUGCUCAACCGCUACUUCAGCCGGCGGCGCCCCAUGGCCAACGGGCUGGCGGCGGCGGGCAGCCCCGUGUUCCUGUGCGCCCUGUCCCCGCUGGGGCAGCUGCUGCAGGAUCACUACGGCUGGCGGGGCGGCUUCCUCAUCCUGGGCGGCCUACUGCUCAACUGCUGCGUGUGCGCUGCACUCAUGCGGCCUCUGGAGGCGCCCCGGCCAGCCGCGGGGCCUGCACCCCCGCGGGCCCCACGGCGGCUGUUGGACCUGAGUGUCUUCAGGGACCGAGGCUUCGUCGUCUACGCGCUCGCUGCCUCCAUCAUGGUGCUGGGGCUCUUCGUGCCACCAGUGUUCGUAGUGAGCUACGCCAAGGACCUGGGCGUGCCCGACACCCAGGCGGCCUUCCUGCUCACCGUGCUGGGCUUCAUCGACAUCUUUGCCCGGCCCACCGCCGGCUUCAUCGCAGGGCUCAAGAAGGUGCGGCCCUACUCCGUCUACCUCUUCAGCUUUGCCAUGUUCUUCAACGGCUUCACCGACCUCACGGGCUCCACGGCGAGAGACUACGGCGGCCUGGUGGUCUUCUGCAUCUUCUUCGGCAUCUCCUACGGCAUGGUGGGGGCCCUGCAGUUCGAGGUGCUCAUGGCCAUCGUGGGCACCCAGAAAUUCUCCAGCGCCAUCGGCCUCGUGCUGCUGCUGGAGGCCAUAGCUGUGCUCAUCGGGCCCCCGUCGGGAGGCAAGCUCCUGGACGCGACGCACGUCUACCAGUACGUGUUUGUGCUGGCGGGGGCCGAGGUGCUGACCUCCUCCCUCGUGCUGGUGCUGGGCAACUUCUUCUGCAUUGGGAAGAGGCCCGAGGUGGCCGCGGAGGAGGAGCGCCACAAGCCCCCCGAGGACGUGAGGGUGGACUCUCGGGAGGUGGAGCACUUCCUGAAGACGGAGCCUGAGAAGAACGGGGAGGUGGUUCACACCCCGGAGACGAGCGUCUGAGCCGGAGGCCGGCAGGGGUUCAGGGAAUCGGACAGAGACCGUCAACGCUCGUAUUUAUUUCACAAACAGGACUAGCUGGGGUGGGGCCGUCGGCUCGGCGCCGGCUGCCCGGGCAGCGGAUCAUCGCCGGAUCAGUGUUUUUCGGGGGAGGUGGUGGGGUGGGAACGUGUCAUUCCGAGGCGGAUCUGUGGUGAAGCCAAGCCGCGAGGUUACAAGCCAUCUGCCCCGGGGCCCCGCCUGCUGACCCCAGAGGCGCCCGAUGCCCACCACUGGGCUCAAGGACCUAGAAACCCGCGCUUCAGAGACAACACGGCUUUAAUCAGAGGGCAGGGCCGCUGCAGAGUGGGUGCUCCCCUGACGGGCCCUGCCUGUGUUCCUGUGGCCCCUUCCUGCCCGGGCCUCCACUGUGUGCCCCAGCCCAGCCCUCUCCGAGUGCCUAGAGGACAAAGCUCCCUCCUUCACGCCUGGAAGCCAGAAAAGCCUGCGUGUGGGAGGAGCUGCCCCGAGAGGAAUGUCUUCCAGGAGCUGCAGUUCUGGAGGGGCAGCGAGCGGUCUGGCCACCCACCCCAAGUCCCACUUUCUCAGCAAACAAGCCUGGCUAUUUUCACAGAGUGGUUCUGGUCCUUGUCAACCGUGCAGCUUUGUAAGCCCGACUGGUCCUGGCCCCGGCCCCGGCCCUGCGGUGCCCGGUCAGCUCAGAGUGGUCACAUGGGGCCCUGGCGGCUGGCAGGGAGGCCACACUGCAGGGGUGUGUGCACUUCAGCUGGGACGUAGGUGUGAUUUCUGCUCCCUGGCGUGUGUCUGAAGAAAACAUCUUCCUGCCUU